UAAAUAUAAGAUAAGCUCAAAUACUAACCAAACCUUUCAUCAUCUUCUUCACAACCCUCAGUUUUUGAGAAUCAGACUUGUUCAGUGGUAGCGUACGCAUCUCUAUGUGUUUGUUGUCUUUUCUUUUUCUAAAAGUCGGUUUCUGAUUUUGAUUCUUUGUUUGUGAGGUGGCUAUCUUCGUUCUUCUUCGUCUUAUAACGUAGUAACAGCUUUAUAAAAAUCCUUGAAAGCAUGUAAAUUUAAGUCCCAGAUCCAUUUUCUUCUCUCCCAAAAAAACAAAAAAAAAAAGUUUUUGAUUUUUAUCAUUUAUAGAUCUCUCUCACUCGUUAUAAUUUGUGUUUGGUGAAACUAGUCCUGGCGAAGUUUAAAACACAAGUGUAAACCCAAAUUUAUAAAAACUUCAGAUCAUGUAAAUUUCGUCUUUAUCAAAUUUAUUUCCUUUCCCUCAAAACAAAAACAAACAAAAAAAAUUAGAAUUUAGUAUCUUAUCUUAAAAAAAAAACCAAAAAAAAAAACUUAAGAAAAAGUUGGGGAUGGCUCCGCCGGAGGCUGAGAUGGGUACGGUGGCGGUGACGGCUCCUCCGACGCCAGGAACGCCGGGAGGACCGUUGAUCACGGGGAUGAGAGUGGACUCAAUGUCGUUCGAUCAUCGUAAACCGAUGCCUCCAUGCAAAUGCUUACCGGUUAUGGGAACUACUUGGAGUCAACACGACACGUGCUUCACCGAUUUUCCCGCUCCUGGUGUCUCCCUCACUCGCAAGCUCGGAGCAGAGUUCGUUGGAACAUUCAUCUUGAUAUUCACCGCUACGGCCGGUCCAAUCGUAAACCAGAAAUACGACGGAGCAGAAACCCUAAUCGGUAACGCAGCAUGCGCAGGGCUCGCAGUGAUGAUCAUAAUCCUCUCAACGGGUCACAUCUCAGGGGCUCACUUAAACCCAUCACUGACCAUAGCAUUCGCAGCUCUUAGACACUUCCCUUGGUCCCACGUGCCUGCUUACAUAGCGGCUCAAGUCUCAGCUUCUAUUUGCGCUUCGUUCGCACUCAAAGCUGUUUUCCAUCCUUUCAUGUCGGGAGGUGUCACUGUUCCAUCUUCUAGUAUCGGACAAGCAUUUGCUCUUGAGUUCAUCAUCUCUUUCAUUCUCCUCUUCGUUGUUACUGCCGUUGCCACCGACACUCGUGCCGUUGGAGAAUUGGCCGGAAUAGCUGUUGGAGCCACAGUCAUGCUCAACAUUCUUGUCGCAGGGCCAUCGAGUGGUGGAUCUAUGAAUCCGGUGAGGACUCUUGGACCAGCUGUUGCAUCAGGAAACUACAGGUCACUUUGGGUUUAUCUGGUGGCUCCUACACUUGGUGCCAUAUCCGGUGCAGCCGUCUACACAGGUGUCAAGCUUAACGACAGUGAGAUCGACCCGCCUCGUCAGGUUAGGAGCUUCCGUCGUUAAGUUGAGUGAGAGACUUGUCCACAAGUCUUUUGCUUGAUACUGUUAAUGUAUACUUAUAAUAAUGUAAGAUAUAAAAAGCUUUGCAAGCUUGUGUGAUGAAUAAAAGGAGAUGUGACUACAAGUCCACGCUCUAUGUGUGCAUCGGUUUAUAAAGCUGAUGCGAACUUGUCUUGUCAUUGUCGUCAAAUUGUGUCUGUGUAAUAACAUACUUUGUUUGGUUUGAGUUUCUUUGUUGGUUUGCUGUUUGUACGUACCUUGGAGACGAGGGUGUUUUAUUAAUAAAAUUUGUUGUGUUGUGU